AAAUUGUCAUUGACUUGGAAAACUUGUCUUGGAAGUUGUCAUAUGCAUAAAAAGAAAGGGAAUUGUCUGUUUUCUCUCGCCAGUUGCCACUGAAAUUUCACAAUCGUUGUUAGCAGGAAGGAUCGAGUUUGACAGGGACGGCAGAGGGAGUCAUGGAACCGAUGAUCGGCGAUGAUACUGUGUGCAUUGCAGUAGGAAGAGAAAUAGAAGAAAGCAAGCUCACUUUGUGGUGGGCAUUGCGCAGAUUUCCGCUCAAAAAAUUUUGCAUUCUUCAUGUUCAUCAGCGUGCUAAGGCGAUCCCCUCGGUAACUGGGGUCUCCCGAGCGAGCAGUGUUAAACAAGAUGAGCUGAGGAUGGUAAAUGAGAUUAUACAUAAUGUCAUGGAUGAUUACCUUCUCAUUUGUCGACAAGUAGCGGUGCAUGCCAAAAAAUUGCAUGUUGAGAUGGAUGAUGUGGCAAAGGGUAUUGUGGAACUUGUUCAUCGGCACAAAAUCAAGAUGCUUGUCAUGGGAGCAGCAGCAAACAAGCAUUAUUCAGAGGGAAUGACUUAUCUGAAGUCUGAGAAAGCCUUGUAUGUGGAGCAACACGUUCCUCCUUAUUGUCAAAUUUGGUUUAUUUGCAGUGGGAUUCUCAUCCACACAAGGCCAAUCUUUGUGGCUGGACCAUCAAACCCACAGAGUAGUUUGAGUUCCAGUUAUCUGACAGACUCUAGUGAAUUGGCCAGCAGCUCAGAUUUGACUGUGUUUGAGGGAGUAGAGGAGAGCCAAUGUGGGCAGGAUCCUUAUGUGCUACUGCUUCAGUCUGGAAGGAAUCUUGAUCAUUUAUCAAUGCCUGAAGGAAGCAGUAAUGGUCAACUCAAUGAUCAACUUGAACAAGCACUAUUAGAGGCUGAAAAAGCAAAUCAAGAAGCAUUGGAAGAGUUGGUCAAGUGUAUGAGAGCUGAAAAAACUGCCCUUCAUGCCAUUCGCAGCCAGGCUAGUAAAUUGGAAAGGUUACAUGCUGAAGAGUUGAGAUGCAGGAGACAAGCUGAGGAUGAAGUUGAAAAAUUAAAGCAGCAGAGAGAUGAAGAAAAAUUAAUUGCACUGGAACAAAAAUCAAAGAUAUCAUCUCUUCUGCAGCAGUUAGAACUUUGCCAGAAAGAACGAGAUGACUUGAAGGUAAAGCUUGAGAAUGCUCAGCAGUUAACUGACCAGAUUUCAAGAAGCCAAGAGGAAGGGACCUCAGGCAUAGAUGUGCAGCAAAGCUGUACUGAGUUCUCUGUCUCAGACAUUCAGCGAGCAACUGAUUACUGUGACCCAUCCUUGAAGCUUGGGAAAGGAACCUAUGGGAGCAUUUAUAAGGGUUUCCUUAAUUACACCCAAGUGGCUAUAAAGGUGCUCCCUCCAAAUAGAUCACAAGGCAACUCCAAAUUUCAGCAGGAGGUUGACAUUUUGAGCAAGUUGAGGCACCCAAAUGUGGUUACACUUAUUGGAGUCUGCCCUGAAAUUUCAGCUUUCAUCUAUGAAUAUCUCCCUAACGGAAGUCUAAAAGAGCGACUGAGCUGUAAGGAUAACUCUCCCCCACUGACAUGGAAAACUCGAAUCCAUAUAGCUACUGAUUUAUGCUCUAUCCUCGUGUUUCUACAUUCUAGUAGACCUCAUAGGAUUGUGCAUGGUAACUUAAGGCCUAGAAAUAUUCUCCUUGAUGCUAACUUUGUCUGCAAGCUCAGUGAGAUUGGACUCCCUCCUCUUGAAAAUUCAAGCACCAUGACAAGUGGCACAUCUCCUUAUCUUGAUCCUGAGAUUCAUACGACAGGAAUAUUGUCUCAUAGCUCGGACAUAUACUCCUUUGGCAUUAUAUUAUUACAGUUAAUGACUGGGAGGUCACCCCGAAGUAUAGCACAAGUUGUGCAAGAUGCAAUAAAUACAGGAAAUCUGAGUAACUUAGUGGAUUCCUCAGCUGGAGGCUGGCCAUAUGUCCAAGCUGAACAGUUGACUCGCUUGGCACAGUUUGCUCGUUUGGCUUUGAGAUGCUGUGAUUUUAACAGAAGCCGUCGACCUGACCUCGCAACAGAGGUGCUGCCGGUGCUUGAGCAAAUGAGAGCUGCUUGUGCAGCAUUACCAUCCUACCAUGCUAAUUUUGAAGAGAAUCAACAACCUCCAUCCUAUUUCCUGUGUCCCAUCCUCCAGGUUUGGUCCAUUCUCCUCCAUUAGUUCUUUUAAUGUCUUUCUGAGUGCCUUAUCUGCGGAGACUAAAUUUUGCAGUCUUAAAAUUUACUCAAGUAACCAACUAAAUAUCCCCGUCAGUGGCACUCACAAUUCCAGGUUUUCGGUUGUCUCAUGUGCAUAAUUCUUCAUACACCCUGAGCACUCUAGACUCUAGAGUUCCACUUGCUGCAUUCCUGAAUAAACAAGCAGAGAGGGAAUAUUUUGGAGGUCCUUGGACGUAAAGAAAAGGGGAAAAGAGCACAUUAUAUUGCGCAGAUUCAUUGUUCUUACCAGCCAGUAAACCUUCAUUUAGUCAAAUGCAUAUCAUGAAUGUGGCUCUUUCCUUUUGACCUGAAUGAACAAAGCUCAUGUCUGACAUUUUUUUCCUACAUUUGAUUUGUGUUAGAGAAAGCAUAUUCAGUAUAUUUCCUUGCACUUGCAGGAAGUCAUGAGAGAGCCGCAUAUAGCAGCAGACGGGCAUACAUACGAAAAAGAAGCAUUGUUAGAAUGGCUGGGGAGUGGCCAUGACACAUCCCCCAUGACCAACAUUAGGCUUGCAAACCGCAAUCUUAUCCCAAACCAUACUCUUCGUUCUGCAAUUCAGGAGUGGUUGCAGGAUAAUCCCCACCAUUGAUACAUUCUUGGCAUCAGGACCGUUUCCCCCUUUUAGUUCUCGAUGCUGUCUUGUCUAUAUAAGCUACAAAUAUCGCCAUGGAUUCUCAGGUACCCACAUGGUAUGUUAUUCAGGAGUGUUUAUUGAAGGUAAAUAUUCUUGCUUGGUAUUGUACUGUUACAUUCAAUAGUAUGUGUGAUUAUUAUCACACUUGUUAUGAAACACAGUACUACAUAAAUUAAAAAAUUAUAUAUUAUGAAAUAUAUUUUUGAGUGUUUUGGGAGUAAAAUUGUGAUUUGUAA